CAGUUACAAACCAGGCAGGAAUGUAGACAGCAAGGGCGUGAGCUCAGUGGAUAGGAAGGCAGGAAGCACAGUCGAUCCCUUCCGACUCCAUCUACCUCUCCCGCCUUGGCCUUCCUCCACCCCUCCCUAAUUAUUCAUUAACUACACCCCAGGAAGUGCUUUCCGAAAGGUGAGAAUUAAGCCCUCUGCGGUUUGGCUGACCUGGACUUGCCUUCUCCUCAGUCCGCCCAGGAACAGGCGGAGUUCGGGGCUGCGGGAUCGGACACAGUAGGACCCCCUGGUUAAGGGCUGUGGUAUUUUCUCCACCAGCUGCUGUCAGUCCUCCGGCAGAGGGGAUCUGAGAGUCAAGAUCCUGAUGCCAUCCUGUGGGUGGUUUCACCGUGACCUGAGUGGGCUGGAAGCUGAAGCCUUACUGAAGGGACGAGGUGUCCAUGGGAGCUUUCUGGCCAGACCCAGUCGGAAGAAUCAGGGGGAUUUUUCUCUUUCAGUGCGGGUAGGUGAUCAGGUAACUCACAUCCGCAUCCAGAACACCGGGGAUUUCUAUGACCUGUAUGGAGGGGAGAAGUUUGCCACCUUGUCAGAACUGGUGGAGUACUACACGCAGCAACAGGGCUCACUGCAGGACAAAGAUGGAACCAUCAUUGACUUGCGAUACCCGCUUAACUGUUCCGACCCUACCACGGAGAGGUGGUACCAUGGGCAUCUGUCAGGCUCUGCAGCUGAGUCGCUUCUCCAGGCCAAAGCCACCCCUUGGACCUUUUUGGUGCGGGAGAGCCUCAGCAAACCUGGGGAUUUUGUCUUGUCUGUCCUCACUGACCAGCUUAAACCUGGCUCUGAUGCUGCACCAGCUGGGGCAACCAGUGCUGUGGGGGCCCGGCUCAAAGUCACGCACAUCAAGAUCAUGUGUGAGAACGGACGCUACACGGUUGGAGGUGCUGAAACGUUUGACAGCUUGGCAGAUCUGGUGGAGCACUUCAAGAAGACUGGAAUUGAGGAGGUGUCUGGCUCCUUCGUGUACCUGAAGCAGCCCUACUAUGCUACAAGGGUGAAUGCUGCUGACAUUGAGAAUAGAGUGCAGGAACUGAACAAGAAGAGUCUAUCUGAGGAGGCAUCCAAGGCUGGAUUCUGGGAGGAGUUUGAUAGCCUGCAAAAACAGGAAGCCAAGCAGCUGUUUGACCGCCACGAGGGUCAGAGACCUGAGAACAAGAGCAAGAACCGAUACAAGAACAUCUUGCCUUUUGAUCAUUCCAGAGUCAUUCUCCAAGGAAGGGACCCAAAUAUACCCGGAUCUGACUAUAUCAAUGCCAACUAUAUCAAGAACAACUUGGCCAGCCCAGAUGAGUGCUCCAAGACCUACAUCGCCAGCCAGGGCUGCCUGGACACCACAGUCAAUGACUUCUGGCAAAUGGUGUGGCAGGAGAACACACGCACUAUCGUGAUGACUACACGGGAGGUAGAAAAAGGACGGGUAAGCAGCGGCUUGUGGUGUCUCAGAGCUCCCCUUCUUCUCCUUCAGCCAUUGCUCUGCAUCUUCUCUCUUUCGUGCUUUGUGCCCAUCCUCACCCCAUUCUCUCUGCCUACACAGAACAAAUGUGUGCCUUACUGGCCAGAGGUGGGCAGCAUGAAGGAAUAUGGUCCCUACCUCGUGGAGAACGCUGGGGAGCAUGAUGCAUUGGAGUACAAACUCCGUCACCUCUGUGUGUGUCCAAAAGAUAACGGUAAGGCUGUGCGUGAGAUCUGGCACUACCAGUACCUGAGCUGGCCUGACCACGGUGUACCCAGCGACCCAGGAGGAGUGCUCAGCUUCCUUGACCAAAUCAACCAGAAGCAAGAGAGCAUCCCAGAUGCAGGGCCUAUUCUGGUGCAUUGCAGUGCUGGGAUUGGCCGCACUGGGACUAUCAUCAUCAUUGAUAUGAUAGUGGAAACAAUCUCCACCAAGGGGCUGGACUGUGACAUUGACAUCCAGAAGACCAUCCAGAUGGUGAGGGCCCAGCGCUCAGGGAUGGUGCAGACAGAGGCCCAGUACAAGUUCAUCUAUAUGGCUAUCUGCCAGUUCAUAGAGACAACCAAGAAAAAGCUGGAAGUUAUCCAGUCUCAGAAAGGGAAGCCAAAAGAGUCUGAGUAUGGGAACAUUGCCUAUCCCCCUGCAGCAAGGAACAUGCAUGCCAAAGCUUCACGGAAACCCUCCAAGCAGAAAGAGGAGUCAAUGGUCUAUGAGAACCUGGGGAAGAAGGAGAAGGCACGGAAGCAGCACUCCUUGGAGAAAAAGCUGAAAGGCUCACUAAAGAAAAAAUAGGUUGCAGGUAGCCCCAUGGAGGGUUUGAACCAGGGGUACAGGGCUGGGGCUCACAUCCAGGCUGGGCUGUCUUGCAUUAUUCACCCUUGGACUGAAAUUAGGUCUUUCCCUUGUUUUCCAUCCCACCUUCCAGCCCUGAACCAGACUGCUUUCCAGCUCAGCUGACUGACUUCCUCGUCCCGUUCCUGGGCAGGCCAGCAGCAUCUCCUGCUGCCCCUUCAUCCCUCAGUAAUGGAAAUAAGGCCCCUUCUUCCCCUUGCUCUCUGGGCACUGGGGCCCAAGCUCACCUGUGCUGGGUCAGCUCCAGCGAACUUGAAGAAGAGUGAAGGAAGCUCCUUACAGGAGCUACAUCUCUGCCCACUGCUGUGAGUUAGAAUUUAUCCUGUUAGUAGUGUUCCCUGAAGCCUCAGCUUUUAAAGUACAGAGGGUUUGGCCUGUUUCAGCUCAGCAGCUCUGCAGUUCAACAGGAAACUUCCUUUCUCCUUAAUACCAACCUUCUGCCCUAUAGAAUCAGAAUGGGUUGGGUCAGAAAGGACCUUAAAGUCAUCCAGUUCCAACCCCCUGCCAUGGGCAGGGACACCUUCCACUAGUCCAGGUUGCUCCAAGCCCCAUCCAGCCUGGCCUUGAACACUGCCAGGGAUGGAGCAUUCACUUCUCUGGGCAACCUGUGCCAGCGCCUCAGCAUCCUUACAGUAAGGAACUUCUUCCUUGUAUCUAACCUGAACUUCACAUUUAAGUUUAAACCCGUCACCCUUUGUUAUAUCGCUGAUGUAACACCAGUCCCUGAUGAAGAGGCCCUCUUCUCAUGGUCCCUUUUCUAUUUGAUCCUUUGAUUGGAUGUUGUAAAUACACCCGAAUUCGAUGUGAUGGCCAUGUUUUCUCCUUUGGUUGUAAAUAAACUUGUAUUUCUUUGAA